UCAAACUCAGGUUUAAUAAUACUUAAUUAUCAUUAUUUUGUAUCUUUAUUUUAUUAUUUAGACAUAAUUUUAGAUGGUAAUUAUUGAAUGGAGAGAUUAGUAACGUCUCACCACUACACAUAUGUCUCUCACUGCUACACCGUUGUCUCUCACUACAGUAUAGUUGUAUCUCUUCACUAUCCUGGCGUGUCUCACCGCUAUGCAGUUCUCUCACAGUUCGUGCCUCAGCAAGCACCAACCAAUACUUGUUUACGACUCUAGCGACCUCUUAUUAACAUUUCCAUGAACACGCUAGACUCUGCAGGAGCAUUGUUCUCACAGUAGUGGAGCAGACACAGCUCUGACAAGGUCAAAUCUUUAUCCCUCCAGCACAGGGCGUCGGCGAACCUUUUCAUCUGUAUCCCUCCAGCACAAGGCGUCGGCGCAAGGCGAGGAGGAUGAGGUGGUGGGUGGUGGUGGUGGUGGUGGGGCUCCUGCUGGUGGCGACGGGCCCCGCCCUGGGGUACCAGGUCCUCGUCCUGGUGCCUGUAGGUUACCGCAGCAUCUAUCAACUGUGUCGGUCCCUCUCUGUGGCCCUGGGGGACGCUGGCCACUCCGUCACUCUUGUGUCCUCCUUCGAAACUUCUGUAAGUGAGAAUAACGUGCGGGAGGUGCACACCGGCGCUGACAAUCAACACAUGCAACAUAUCAACAUUUUCCACACCGGGACCAGCAGCUAUCUCGCCUACACACUAUUAAAGGACACCACUCAGAACAUUGGCCGAGCGAUGUGGACUAACCCAGCGAUACAGCAGCUAUGGCAAGAGAGAAAUACCUUCGAUGCCAUAAUAAUUGUCUGUUACAUGAACGAGAUCGCCGUUCCCUUCUUGCUGGGUUACAAUGGCGUAUACGUCAACUUCUGCACGCCGGGUAUCGAGCCCAUACACAUUGCGCAACAGGGCAACAUCCCGCCUGCCUCUGUCGUGCCCUCAAGGUUGCUCCCCUUCACCCAGCACAUGACCUUCCUUCAGCGAGCCAUAAACCCAUUAACUAUUCUCUACGUUUAUACGCUACCUUAUUUCACGGCGCUUCCCCGCGCCCAGAAGCUGCUGGAGGAGUACUUCCCGGAGAUGCCGCCCCUUACUCAACUCUACUCGAAUAGUUCGCUGACUCUCAUCAACAGUCACUUCGCUGUGGACGGCCUCGUGCCUCUCCUGCCUACUCAGGUGGAGGUGGGCACCAUCUCCGCUAAGAGACCUCGACCACUCCCACAGGAUCUGGAGGAGUUCGUGGAGGGAGCCGGCGAGGACGGAGUCAUUCUCUUCAGCCUCGGCAGUAUUGCGAAGAGCUCCGACAUCCCACAGGAAUACAAGGUGAUGCUGGUGGAGGCGUUCCGGCAGCUGCCUCAGCGGGUCGUCUGGAAGUACGAGGGAGACGACCUCCACCUUCCCCCAAAUGUCCUCACCAGGAAGUGGAUCCCCCAGCAAGACAUCCUAGGACACAGGAGGACGCGGGUGUUCGUCUCCCACUGUGGGAUCCAGAGUACGCAGGAGGCCCUGUACCACGGCGUGCCCGUCCUCGCCAUGCCCAUAGCUUUCGACCAGCCUCGCAACGCUGUUUCCUUGGCCACCAGAGGAUAUGCUCUGGUCCUCAAUUGGCAGGACUUGAGUGUUGAUGCCAUCCUGAAAGCUAUCAACACACUCAUCAACGAUCCUACGUACCAGGAGGGACUAAGGAAGGUGUCGGUGACGCUGCAGGACCAGAAGGAGAGCGCCGGGGCGCGGGCUGUGUGGUGGGUGGAGUACGCCAUCCGCCACAAGGGGUCGCCCCACCUCCUCUACGCUGGCAAGAACCUCCACCUGUUCCAGUACCUGUUGCUUGACGUCCUGCUCUUCUGGCUCUUGGUCCUGGCCGUGUUGGUCUUCCUCUUCUGCUACUGCCUCACCAGGUGCCUCAACUGCUGCCGCAGAGGCAAGGCCAAGGUCGAGUGACACGACCAGUUGACGAAUGGAAAUGUGGUUCCCAGAACCGACGAGGACAGAAACAAAAGAUACAAUGGUCU